AUGACCACACCUCGGUUGCCCUUCCUUUACCCUAAUCUCAUUCGAGCUAUCCGACCAUGUGAACCAAAAAUAAUACGCGCCAUUCCGCUCCCUAGGCCCCGAAGGUCAUUUCACACCAGUCACCGCCGCAAACAGCAAGCCUACCAUCGACGAUAUGGACCAGCCGUGGAACCAAAUAUACCCCCACCCCUGCACUCAGAAGACAAUUCUUCAAAACAACCGGCAGAAACCUCAGGGGCAGCUAGUGAGGAGGUAGACAAUACAGAGGGGAAUCGCUCGUCAUCGGAGCAAUCAUUAUCGCAACCACCGCCACAGCCACAAGAACAGGCUGAGUCACAGCCUUCGGAGUCACAAAAAGACCCAGCCGAUGCUGCAGGUUCAUAUCUGUCGGAGCAGGUUGCAGCUGACUCUGCCAAAAGCAAUGCUUCCGCUGCCUCGGCGCAACCCCAAGAGCAAGGAUCGGAUGCUGAGACCACAACAAGCGCUUCAGCUUCAUUCCCGUUUGAAGAAGUAGGGGAAGGGAUCUCUCAGAUGUCUCCAUAUGCAAAUACCAACAGCUCCUUUGAAGAAGUCUACCAUAUGCCCUCUCCAUCGACGUAUCUCACCCCAACGGACCCAUCAAACGCCGAACACAAACCGCCACACAUGUCGCCAGCGCCAUAUGUCCACCAUUUCGAUACCUACUCCCUCGUUCAAGACCUCUCUAAAGGUGGUUUCACGCACGAGCAAUCCACGACAAUUAUGAAAGCCGUCCGAACCAUUCUACAAAAGAACCUCGACUUUGCCCAGCAGAGCUUGACUUCCAAAUCUGACGAGGAAAAUGAAUCGUAUUUAUUCAAGGCAGCGUGCUCGGAGCUCCAGCAGUCGCUUCAAACAGCCCGUGCCUCUGAGGUUCAAAGGCAAAGAGCUUCUCGGGGCCAGCUGGAGCAUGAGACAGAUAUACUCUCCCAGCGCCUGAACCAGGAGCUGGCUGGUAUGAAGGAUGAGAUCAAGGGCAUGUUCAAUGACCACAAGAUGAGCACUCGUGAGCAACAACGGGUUAUCGACACAUCAGAUCAAGAGUUGAAUUACAAGAUUACUGUCUCUCUGAACAGCGAUGGAAAGAGCGAGAUCGAAGGCCUUAGAUGGAUUCUGACAAGACGCGCUGCUAUGGCAGUUGCCACUUGUGCCUUCAUGAUGAUUCUGUUCCUCAAGUACGCCUCUACUCGCAAGCCGCAAGAGCCAGCCAAGGCAGUCGAGGUUGAGAAACCUGUCAAGGAGGUCACAAAAGAAACCCGGGUCAUCCAUGAAACCCCAAUAAAGACUAAGACACCAUCUAUCGCAGUGGAGCACCUUGGAGAAUCACUGGGCUGA